AUGCCACCGAAAGGUAGAAUUGACGAAGAAAUCUUCCUAAAAACAUUGCGAACACUGCAUAACGAUGCAAUUCGUAUGUUAGAUGAUUCUAAAGCAACAGCAAAUAUAUGGGGCCAUAUUUGUACUUCAAUGGAUAAAGCAGAUAACGCUGUUAAUCGAGGUGCAUGCUAUGAUUUAUGGAAACGCAAACGGCACAUAUGCAACAAUCUAAUCAAUGAUACAUUAUCGGUGGGUUUUUGCAAUUUUAAUAUUCUAUGUAUCUUUAUUUACUAUUUUGGAUCAUCAUCAUAG